AGAAGAUAUAAAGAUCAAAUAAAUGACAAUAAUCAAGAUCAAAAUGAUAAUGACUUCAUAGAGCUUCAAACUGUUCAUCCAGAUGCUGUUCUAUGUGCUUCACAGAAUUUUCUACAGGAUACUUUUGAUGACAAUAAUAAUGACUUCAUAGAGCUUCAAACCUUUCAUCCAGAUGCUGUUCUAUGUGCUUCACAGAAUUAUCUACAAAAUACUUUCGAUGACAAUAGUAAAUAUGGCUCUGAUUUCAUUCCAAAUAGUGAUAAUUAUUCAGAAGUGAUUGGAGUUUAUCCAAAUUCUGUUAUAUGUGCUUCACCGGACUUUCUACAGGAUACUUUCAAUGACAAUAGUAAAGAUGGCCCUGAUUUCAUCCCAAAUACUGAUAAUUAUUCAUAUGUGAGGGGAGUUUGUUCAGAUGCUGUUCUAUGUGCUUCACCGGAUUUUCUACAGGCUACUUUCAAUGACAAUAGUAGAGAUGGCCCUGAUUUCAAUUCAAAUAAUAAUAAUGAUUCAGAAGUGAAUGGAGUUUGUUCAGAUGCUGUUCUAUGUGCUUCACAGAAUUUUGUACAGGAUACUUCGAGUGACAACAGUGAUGAUGACCCCGAUUUCAUUCCAAACACUGAUGAUGAUUCAGAAGUGAGUGAUGUUGAUGAAUUCAUGAGAAUGAAUGAUAAGGCGCAAGAUCAAGAUGCAGAUCAUCACCCCGAUUUCAUUCCAAAUACUGAUGAUGAUUCAGAAGUGAGUGAUGUUGAUGAAUUCAUGAGAAUUAAUGAUAAGGCGCAAGAUCAAGAUGCAGAUCAUCAAGUUGCUAUUGCUUCUACUGCUACCAGUGUUACAGAAAAAGUUAGUUCUAGGAAAAGGCUACGUAAUGAUGAGGAAUGGUUGCGUAAUAAAAAAAGGAAAAUGAUUAAUUCUGGAAAAGAAUACACUUCAAGGCUGGGGAAGAUACAUCAUGCAAAGUGUUUGAAAUUGGCUUGUAAUCCAGAAAAAUGUUUUUUCAAAUGUACAAAGAAUAUUUCAACUCCAAAUCGUGAAGAUCUAUUUUUGAAAUUCUAUGCACUAGAAGACAAGACCCUUCAAAGAGAGUACAUUGCAAGAUGCAUCCAAUCAGAAGAGAAAAAAACAGAUAAAAUUUACAAAAAAAGAAAUCCAAACUGUGCAUACUUCUUUGAAGUAGAAAACAAAAAAGUUAGAGUAUGCAAAUCUUUUUUCAAAUCGACUCUGGAUAUUUCAAACUGCACAAUAUCAACAGUUCUGAAGAAAAAAGAUAACUUGGGUUUCAUAGAAGAAGAAAAAAGAGGAAAGCAUAGAAACCAUCCCAACAAAAUAAAAAUGCUGAAAUACAAGGAGUCAUUGAUCACAUAAAUAGCUUCUCAAGAGUUGAGUCACACUACUGUCGUUCAGGUAGUAGAAGAGGGUAUUUGGAUGGAUCAUUGAAUAUUAGCAUGAUGUACAGACUCUACAUUGAAAAAUGUCGUGAAAAUGGAGAGCAGUUUGUGAAGCAGCAUUUUUAUCAAGACAUUUUAAAUACAAAGUUCAAUUUAUCAUUCUUCAGACCAAAAAAAGAUCAAUGUUCAAUUUGUGAAUCCUACAAAAAUUCAAGUGAAGAAGAAAAAAAUGUGAAAUUAGCUUCACAAGAGAAGCAUAGACAGGAAUGCGAAUGGGCUCAUCAAGAAAAAUCCAGGGACAAAACUGUUGCUUUGUCAAAUGACAAAGAUAUUUUAUUGUGCUCUUUUGACCUUCAGGCUGUAAUGCCAUUGCCUUAUGCAAAUGCAUCAACGUUUUAUUACAAGAGUAAAUUGAAUGUAUACAAUUUCACAGUUUAUAAUAUCCCAGAUAAAAAAGGAUUCUGCUACAUGUGGCAUGAAGGUGAGGCAAAGAGAGGAGCAUGUGAAAUUGCCACAUGUAUUUAUAAUUUUCUGCAAUAUAAUGGGGAAGGGAAGCAUGAUAUAUUCUACAGUGAUAAUUGUGCUGCUCAAAAUAAAAACAAGUUCUUAGUAUCUAUGUACUUGUAUGUUGUGGAAAAUUUGAAUGUCCAAAAAAUUAGUCACAAGUUUUUGAUUGUUGGGCACACAGAAAAUGAAGGCGACUCCAUGCACUCAACUAUUGAAAAGGAGAGGAACCGUGUACUAAGGAGCAACCCAAUUUAUGUACCAUCUGAAUUGUACUCUAUUGCAAAGACUGCCAAGAAAACGGGGAGUGCUUACAUUGUUAGGGAGAUGUCAACAGAAGAUUUCAUCGAUUGGAAAAAAGUAAAUGAAUUGACCGGGAAAAAUUUCAACAUCAAUGAAAAAAACCAACGUGUACAAUGGAAUGAGAUUAAAAUGUUGGAAGUGAGAAAAGAACAACCUUUGAAGCUCUUCUACAAGACAUCCUAUGAACAAAGUGAAUAUGAAGUAAUUGAUGUAGUUCGGAAAUGUCGGGGAAGAAGAAAAGAAAUAAGUUUACAUCCCUUAUACAACAGUCCUCCAUCUAUUCCAAGCAACAAAAAGAACGACCUGAUCUCCUUAUGCAAGGAGAAUUUGAUUCCAAAAAAGUACCAUAACUUCUUCUCAUCUCUAAAGAGCUGUGAAAAUAAUGAUGCUGCUAAUGAAACUGAGUGUAAUUUCUGA